GCAAGACUUUCCUCGACAACUUCAGAAAGACUUCCACUGUUUUCGACAAAUUGAUAAUCAGAUUGUUUUAAGUAGAUUUAUGUAGUAUAUUACAAGCUGGUGUAUUGUUUCUUGAGAUCUACCGUGUGCCGAGUGCCGACUGGUAAAGUUGAUUUAGCUCAAAGUUAGCUAAAAUUAGCUAAAAAUUAGCCGGUGUCAAAUUGGUUGUUUUUAUUUAGUAAUCCUUUGAAUUUGUCAUUUUUUUCAAAUUGUUUACUCAAUUUGUUUCCAUAGUAAGUUGACUUGUUUUAGCUAAAAUAGUUAGCUCAGUGAGGUCCUAGGUCUAUUGCUUGUGUUUAGUAGCCUAGCCUACUGCAGUUUGGGUUUGGUGAUACAGACGUAGACUACUAGUUGUUAUUAUUAUUAUAAUUAUUAUUAUUAUUAUUACUUAUUAUUAUUAUUGUUUAAUUUUGAGGCUAUUUAAAUGUACUGAUGUUAGAGACGGAUAAUAUGCCAUCCCGUAGUAGCCGUAGGCGCCGCGCCUCGCGGCAGAGAUGGGCGUUGUGGUGUUGUGGUCUUGCAGGUGCUGAUGAGAGGGAGACGAUGGAGAUGGCGACGCAGACGGAGUCGCGGACUGUGGAGGUGGGGAUCCAGGCUGGUGGACCGGCCACGGCGGAGGUGGCGAUCCAGACUGGAGGACCGGAUACGGCGGAGAUGGCGACCCAGGCAGGGGGACCGGAGACAGCGGAGAUGGCGACCCAGGCAGGGGGACCGGAGAUGGCUACGCAGUCAGGUCAGGCUUCCAUCCAGGCGACGUGGGAGACUGCAGAGGCCAACACGCAGGCUGACUGGAUCGAGGCAACCCGCCUUGGAUUGAGGAUGAGCUCUCAGGCGCAUGCGGCCAGAGGACAGCUGGUGCUGUUCAGGGCUCCAACUGGGACAGUCGUGAACAUGUGCCAGACAUGUGCCUUCGAGUUCUCUGAGUUCUUCCGCCAGGGCGUGAUGUGGGUUGAGGUCAAGCUGAGGUUCGAGGAGACGCGUGAGGGCCCGUAUCUGAGACAGUACUGGUACCUCACCAACACCUGCUCUGAGGAAACCCCAGAGGAGACCCUUGUACCAUACGCCUAUGGAGAGCUGACCACGUACGUCGAGCGCCACUCUGGAGGCAUCACGGCGGUGUACUCACAUCACCUGACCCAGGUCACAACCAUCUUGGAGAUAGGAGGACUCCUGUACUGUGAGACAUCGACGAGGAGCACGGGGGUGGCCAUGGACGCUGGUGGGGCCUGGACCCGCUUGGAGAGUGCCGAGACUCUUCGGGCGCCCCUCUUCACUCCUCAGCAGGCCCCUGAUGACGACGCUGCUGACGCCCGUGGCAUCGACUACCCUGCUCCUGGUCCUGACGACGCUGCUGGUCCUGAGGGUGGAGACGACUCUCCUGCUCCUGAGGGUGCUGACGACGCUGCUGGUCCUGAGGGUGGAGACGACUCUCCUGCUCCUGAGGGUGCUGACGACUCUGCUUCUGGUCCUGAGGGUGCUGACGACUCUCCUGCUCCUGAGGGUGCUGACGACUCUCCUGCUCCUGAGGGUGCUGACGACUCUGCUUCUGCUUCUGCUGGUUACGACACGGUUGACGAUGCUGCUGCCGCCCCUGGUGACAUCUCUGUCAAUGGCCAGGUUCCCUCUGUGUACUACAUCUUCCAGUCCACCGGUCUGGGGGACUUCUCCCUGAGGCUUGCUGGACUGAGGGAAGCCUUCGCUGUCUUGCUUGCGCAGCCAGAGACUGCCAACUUCAUCGCCGUGACGGGCUCCAUGCUGUUGAAGAACAUGGCCACCUUCAACGGAAAGGAUGCUGGUGCAUCUCAGCAGGCUUUUGAUGAGCUGGUGGCUUUCACCCAGACACUGACUUCCACCGUCACUGCUGAGCUGCUGGAGGUUGGGAUCCACCACUUCAACCUCCUGGAUGUGGUCUUUGAGCUGCUGCUGUUCAGAAACCUACAUCAGUGGACUGCUGUGCGGGUGGUCCCUCAGGCACAGGGCAGGUUCCUGGAUCAUCUGGCAACAGUGGUCCAGUCCUUCCUACCCUAUGAGGCGUGGCCACCCCAGGCAUUGCAGUGCUGGGCCCUGCUGCUGUCUGAGGCGCUCUCCUACCUGGUGGAGACCCUGUCCCUGGACGUGUGGGCGUGCCACCAGCCCCAGCACCUGGCCCAGAGGGUCUUCUGCAGCCUGGAGUGCCACAUCGACCAGCUGCUGAGUGUGAUGCCCUCCGCUUAAAAUCCCUUGUGAAAUGACUUGUGACUUGACUCAGACUUUACUGACUUGAGUCUAGACUUGGACUUGACAGUUUUAACUUGCAAUGGCAUGUCAAGUCUAAACAUGUUACAUUUUUGUAUUUUUAUGUGAAGACAUUGCAUGAAAAAUGAAUGAAUAAGAUAAUUUGCCCUCAACCAGUACCAGUAGGCCUACUAAAAUGUAUGUAUGUCUACAUAGCAGUGUGGAGAAGUAACGAAUUUAUGACCAAAAGUAGUCGUCAUGGCGACUUGGUUAAAAAAAAGGACUUGGAUUUGGUACGACUUGGACUUGACUUGGUCAAAAGUGUCUUUACUUGUGACUUGACUCAGACUUGAUUGGAAGAAAUAGAGACUUACUUGUGACUUGCAAAUUGGUGACUUGGUCCCAUCUCUGGUGUGUACUUAGUACUGUAUGGGUUGGCUUCUUAAUGCUUAGAAAGGUUUAAGUUUAAUAUGAAUG